CCUCUUGUCUCAUCUUCUCCGUCCAGAGUGUACCUCCCCUACUUCGUCGUCAUGCUUGAGUACCGUUGCAGCUCUGUUGACUGGAAGCCAUCUCCGGUGGUAGCCCUAGCUAACAGCGCCGACGAUUCUCAAGUCGCCGCGGCUCGCGAGGACGGUUCUCUUGAAAUCUGGCUCGUUUCCCCCGGCGCCGUAGGAUGGCACUGUCAACUCACCAUCCAUGGCGAUCCAAACUCGAGAAUCUCGUCCCUUGCGUGGUGCCGUGCUGGUUCAAAACGGCUGCCUUCCGGCCGUUUGUUUUCUUCGAGCAUCGAUGGCUCGAUUUCUGAGUGGGAUCUUUUCGACUUGAAGCAGAAGACUGUGCUCGAGUCAAUUGGAAUCUCAAUCUGGCAAAUGGCUGUUGCUCCAACUAAUGUUCCCUCCGUUGAUGCAGAAGGUAAAGCUGAUAACCGGAUUGAGAAUGGAUACUCGAGUGAGAAAUCGAAUGAUGAGGAAGAAAGUGGGAGUGAAGAUGAAUCUGACUCGUACGAGUUUCAUGAGCAAUCAGAGGAUACAGAUAGGCUUCUUGCAAUUGCCUGUGAUGAUGGCUGUGUGAAACUAUACCGUAUCUCUGACUUAAACAAGUUAACAUACUAUAGAUCAUUGCCUAGGGUCAGUGGACGUGCCUUAAGUGUUACAUGGAGUCCAGACGCACAUAGGAUCUUUUCGGGUAGCAGCGAUGGGCUAAUAAGAUGCUGGGACGCUAACUCCUGUCACGAGGUAUACAGAAUUACAGUUGGUCUUGGAGGACUAGGAAGUACUUCUGGGACCUGUGUUUGGUCACUUCUUUCUUUGAGGUGUGCAGUUCUUGUUAGUGGAGAUAGUACAGGAACUGUCCAAUUUUGGGAUAGUCAGCAUGGAACUCUUAUGGAAUCACACUCUAGUCACGAAGGUGAUGUCAAUACCCUUGCAGCAGCCCCUAGCCAUAAUCGAGUCUUUUCUGCUGGUGCGGAUGGACAGGUUAUUCUUUAUAAGCUCUCUGGUAGUACAAACAGUUCUCAAGAUUUAAAGCCUUCUUCCUCUCUGAAGUGGGAUUAUAUUGGCUAUGUAAAGGCUCAUACACAUGACAUCAGAGCUCUUACAGUUGCUGUACCAAUUAGUCGAGAAGAUCCCUUUCCGGAUGAUAUGUUGCCAGAUAGGAGUGCACGUAAACAACGCAAAAAAGGGAAGCCAGUUGACUUUACUUACCAAAAAUGGGCUCAUUUGGGUGUUCCGAUGCUCAUUUCCGCUGGUGAUGACGCAAAGCUUUUUGCAUAUUCAAUUCAGGAAUUCACUAAGUUCUCCCCACAUGAUAUAUGUCCUGCGCCUCAGAGAGUACCCAUGCAAAUGGUACAUAACUCGGUGUUCAAUCAGACUUCUCUUCUCCUGGUUCAGGGUAUUAGUGAUUUAGAUAUUCUUCGACUUAACGUAAGCAAUGAUUCUAGUGGACGUGCCUCAACAAAGCCAUUGGUUCGUGUUAAAAGUAGGGAUGCCAGGAAGAUCAUAUGCAGUGCAAUUUCUAACACUGGAUCACAUUUUGCUUAUUCUGACCAAAUUGGCCCCAGUCUGUUUGAGUUGAGGAGAAAUGAAACUGCCAAGAGUCCAUGGAGUGUCAGUAGAAGGCGACUUCCCACACUUCCAUUUGCCCAUUCCAUGAUUUUCAGUUCAGACUGCUCACGGCUGAUAACAGCAGGGCAUGAUAGAAAAAUAUAUGCUAUUGACAUUAGUAGUAUGGAACUAGUAGAUACUUUCACACCAUGUCGGGAGGAGCAAGAAGGUGAAUCUUCACCUAUGGAGCCUCCAAUAACAAAAUUGUAUACUAGCUCAGAUGAUCAGUGGUUAGCUGCUAUCAAUUGCUUUGGGGAUAUCUAUGUAUUCAACCUUGAAACACAAAGGCAGCACUGGUUCAUAUCAAGGCUUGAUGAUGCAUCCGUUGCAGCUGCUGGUUUUCAUCCUUGGAAUAACAAUGCCCUUGUGAUCUCAACCUCCUCGAACCAGGUCUUUGCUUUUGAUGUUGAAUCUAGACAGUUGGGCAAGUGGUCGCUUCUGCACACUAACGUUCUGCCAAAGAGGUACCAAGAGUUUCCUGGCGAGGUCAUUGGACUCUCAUUCUCCCCGUCUCCAAAUUCAUCUUCUGUAAUAAUUUACAGUUCCAGGGCAAAGUGUUUGAUUGACUUCGGGAAGCCUGUGGCGGAAGAUGAAGAGAAUGAAUUUCCAAACGGCAAUCUAUCUAAAACACUAGAAGGUAAACUUGUCAACAUGGGGUUGAAAUUGGGGAAAGGUACAAACCGAAAACGUCGGUUAGAAGAGUAUCAGUUAGAGGGUAAGAGUAAAGAGAGAAAAAACUUUGAAAUCUUACCCUCAAAGCACCCUGUUUUAUUUGUGGGUCAUCUUUCUAAAAACUCAAUCAUGGUGAUUGAGAAACCAUGGAUGGAUGUUGUCAAGAGUUUCGAUACUCAACCAGUGGACAGACAUAUUUUUGGGACUUGAAAUUAGACAGGAGUUGUUUAGUCUGAAGAAGAUGACUACUUUUUGUUUCUGGUGAGGGGGAGUACUCUUCAUUAUAAGUAGAAAAACAGAUAGAGAUGUUGAGAGUGAAGAAUUCGUAUCUGUUUACUUUUUUCCCUUUUGUGUUUUAAUUAUUCAUGAAUCCAUAUGUUCUGUAAUGUUGCCUCAGAAAAUGAAUUAUGUUUCAACUUAAA